ACCUAAGUUAAGUGACCUCUGUCUCAAAAACAAAACUAUAAAAACUGGAGUAAAAGCCGCUGCUACCACUUCACGAGCCGAGCCCGAUCCUUCAAUUCAAUUCAAUUCAGGCUUUCCCCAUGCAGCCGCCGCCUCCUCCGCCGCUGUUACAAUCAACCCAACACCACCACCACCUUCACAAUCCCAAGUCAGCCAGGAAGAGAGCGGUGAUGGCGGAUAUGGAAGGUGACGUGAUCGAAAUCUCUCCUCCUCCGCCCUCUGUCCGACACUAUCCGCAUAACAACAGUCAAGACAAACUUAAAGAGGCGAUACUUCAAGAAGUAAUUGAUGUUGACAAUGAUGAAGAUUUUUCUGAUGUCAUGGUCCUCGGUGAGAAAGUUGACACAAAGAUCAAAGGGAAAGCUUUAGAAAAACAUUCUGAUGGAUAUCUUCCAGCUUUGGAUGCUGCAGCCGGUUAUCCUCCUAAAAGCUAUGCUUUUGAUAACCUAAUCAGUGUAGAUGAUUAUACUUCAGAUAUGUUUUACGGGAGUGAGUUUAUGGAUAUCUAUGAUGAUGACUCGAUGGAGUUUGAUUCGUACGCGUAUUUACAAACCCAUUUUGAUAAUGUGGAUGUUCCUGCUGGAGUAGAGGCACCUUUUCCAUGCUUGCUGGAUUCUAUUCCCAAGACAAAAAAUACUGUGAAUGGAAAUGACGCUUCGGGUACACAAAAUCAAAAGGAUCAGAAUAAUUUGGUUACAUGGAAAUCAAAAUCUUCUGGUGCUUGCAAGAAGCUGUCUUCCGAGAGUAGUUCAGUUUUUGAAUUCACUCCUGGGAGCCAUGCUUCUGGAGCCGACUUAUCUUGCCAUCAGUCAUUUCCACAAAUUUCCGGAAGUAAGAAUAAAUCAACUGUCUUACAACAUAGUAAAAGCAUUAUGAAUCCACCAAAUCUUAAGGGAAAAAAGGUACCAUUUUCUUCAGGUAGUGCAACUAAGAAUAGUUCUGUAGAUCAAUUGCAUAAGAAAACAAGUUCAUUUGGCUUUAAGCCAAAUCAAUGGGCACCUCCUCCUCACGCAUUCCAUUUCAGCAAGCAAGGUGGUUCAGGUAAUCCAUUAUGGUCAAAUUAUUCUACAGAUGAGAAUGGAUUGAAAUACUUCGGGCUGCAGCCGUCACAUAUGUUAGUUCCCCCUAUGCCAGGCCAUCCUAUUUCAGCCCCACCUAUGCCGCCUGUGUCCUCAUUUAAAUUAAAGAAUGCAUCGUUUAACUAUGCAAUUCAAGCAGAUUAUUAUAAUCCAUAUUAUGGUCCACGAGAUCUUCCUGAAGAUGGCGCAGCAAGAGCUCCGAAGCAUGUAAAUAAAGAGGACAUUCUAAGAAAGUACCAAAACUUUAAGAGAUUUGAUACUGUUGAAGAUCAUUCAGAUAAUUACUACAGUUCCAAGGGUUCUUCAGCUGGGCAGCCAACGAAGACAUGGGCGAAGAAAAUUCAGGAUGAAUGGAGAAUCCUGCAGAAUGAUUUGCCAGAUGCAAUAUUUGUCAGGGCUUACGAAUCAAGGAUGGAUUUAUUGAGGGCUGUAAUAAUCGGAGCGGAGGGCACUCCCUACCAUGAUGGCCUCUUCUUUUUUGAUGUUUUUUUCCCUAGUUGUUAUCCCAACGUACCACCGAAUGUCUACUAUCAUUCUGGUGGGCUUCGUCUCAAUCCGAACUUGUACAAUAAUGGUAAGGUGUGUCUCAGCCUUCUUGGCACUUGGCAAGGUAACAAGAAUGAGAUGUGGCAACCUGGUGUGUCCACUGUGUUGCAAGUUCUCGUAUCUAUACAAGCACUGAUAUUGAACCAAAAGCCCUUCUUUAAUGAGCCUGGAUUUGCAAGUAUGAGUGGAUCAGUAUCUGGUGAAAAGAGGUCACAGCAGUACAAUGAGAGCACAUUUAUGUUAUCACUUAAGACGAUGGUUUACUCAAUGAGGAGACCACCAAAGUAUUUCGAGGACUUUGUUUUGGGCCAUUUCCACAAGUACGCGCAUGACAUUCUGGUGGCAUGUAAAGCUUACAUGGAGGGAGCCCAGGUAGGAUGUCUUGUCAAAGGUGGGGUUCAGGAUGUUGACGAGGGCGACAAGAGCUGCUCAAAGAAUUUUAAGGAAUCGUUACCUGCGAGUGUUGAUUUACUUUUGAAAGAGUUGUCACUAAAUGGAGUAACGGACAUUGAAAAAUUCCAAAUUUUGGCGAAAAAGGAUAAUAACCAAGCGCCAACUGUCCCAAGGCAGCAAUAACCGAGUUCUGGGUAAGUAGUUUUGAAUUCGACACCAAGCGUUUUAACGUCUCGCUUGAGAAAGUUCAAAAUUUCAUAAUGGGGGAUUCAUUUUUUGCUUUUGUAUUUAAAAAAUAGUUCUCUAACUGUACAUAGGUGUAGAUAUGGUUGCAGAUCAUAGAAUUGAGACUAUUAAACCUUAGCAUAUUAUCUAAUUGCAUCUUUUGAUUAUGGUGCAAGAUCUCAUGUCUCUGAGUGUUCGUAUCUAAUUUAUCGCUCAUUGUUCAAAUGAUUGGCCGUACUAGCAGUAAAGAAUGAGUUUUCAAGGUUGAUCUUGCACGA